ACCGACUGUGUCGAAGUCAGUUCGCGAUGCCCAGUCCCAGCGUUGACGUAUGGCUACGUCCCAAGUGAGGCCGCUAGCUUUGCCUUCAUUGCUGUCUUUGGUGUUUGCGCCAUCUCACAGCUCAUCCAGGGCUUACGCCGUGGAACCUAUACAUGGAUGGUAGCUUUCUUUUUCGGCACGGCUAUCGAGGUAGUGGGGUACGUCGUUCGCUUGUUGAUGCGCUUCAAUGUCUUCGACGACAGCUUCUUCUUGGUCCAGCUGGUGGCCAUAAUCAUCGCGCCGAGCUUUAUCGUCGGGGCUUUGGAUCACAUUCCUAAACACCUCGCUCAGGCCUUUGGAGCAGAGAUGUCGCCCAUCAGGCCGGCGCUGUACGUCUGGAUAUUUGUGUCCAUCGACGUUCUCGGCCUCUUGCUACAGGCUGCGGGUGGUAUCUUGUCCAGUAGUGGCGCUGGUCCGUCGGGCAAUAAGAAGCUGUUGGAUUCAGGCAAUCACCUAUUGGUGGCGGGCAUAGCUGUACAGAUCUUUCAAGUCUUGGCUCUAGGAACUGCCACCUUGGCGCUGAGCGUUCGUUUGGCGAUCGAUGUCUCACGAAGAAUCGCUGAGCUCGAUGGCGAAAAGUCGCUGGAACGUCCUGCUUUCAAGGCAUUGCUCAUCGCGUCAGCCACAUCCUAUACGGCCAUCUUAGCGCGCUGCACAUAUCGCUGA